CUUCAGUUCGCCGACAAAUCAAGAAGUCAACAAGGUCCUCUCCUGGUUCUCAGACACAUGAAACCCACAGGUCAAGGAGCCCGCCACUACCAUGUUAAACAGCCCAGUCUCAUAAACCCGUGCACGCGACGGUUCAACUUCUGACACACCACAGGGUUCGAAGGCUCAAUUGGACUUGAAGAGCGCUCGCUGGGGCCCCAGGAACGCUCCAGUUGGGCCUUCAGUACUGUACCAAGCCAAAUUACAACUACAAUUACAUUACGAUUCGAGCAACACUUCAAGCUUCACGUACUAGUAGUGCCGUGGUGCCCCUACUAUUUUCUGACACAACCUACCGGGGUGCAUACCAACGCUUGAUGCCUACACGAUACUACCUUACGUGAACGGAAUGCCCAUUGCCUCAUCAGAUGUCCACAACUGUCCCACCGGCCGCUGUUCUAGCAUACUAGACAUACAGAUCUACCAAGUCACCAGCAGUCUCCCUCUUUCCAGGACGCAUGAUACAUUUCUUUCACCACCAUGGCCGACCACCCACCCGACACCACCAACACCACCACAGGUACCACCACCACAACCACCAACCCUAAUCUCCUGUCCACGCACCGCGCCAUAGUCGAAACCCUCGCCUCAUUCCUAACCGUCGCCACCCACCACAUAUUAUUCCUUCGCCGAAUAUAUCCACCAAUAUCAUUCCUCUCGACCCGAGCAUACAACUACCCCGUCCGCCAGAACCGCCAUCCCCUAGUUUGCAACUGGAUUCUCGACGCCAUAGCCGCCGUACGCGACCAACUGGAGAGAAACACAGUCGAAAAAAUCGCCCUGUGUAUUUUUGCAGUGGACACCAAUCGUGUCCUGGAGCGCUGGACGUUUGAUUUGCAUUCGUUUCCUGUGGUUGCGAAGAGGGAUCGUGAUAUUGCGUUCGUCACUAUCGACAGCACGACCACCGCCACUACCAUCAGUUCAAUAUUUGCGAAUUCCAUCAAUAUAGCAGACCUAGAAGCCCACUUCCGCGCCACCCUGUCCCGCAUCAGCACUGCCGCAGCACGACUCGCACCAUUGCCCGAAGAGACAGAGACGUCUUUUACCAUGGCGAUCGAGGUCAAAGACAACGCUGAUCGACCUGUGGGCCGGUUGGACAAAAUGGAACGGAAGUGGAUGGCUGCGGAGCCGGAGGCGAAGCCGAAGGCGAGCCCGGAGACAGAGCUGGAGCCCGAGGUUGAAGGACAACUUGGACACCCUCACCCAGAGACCAACAACCACACUACGACUACCAACGACAAUUCAAACCCCAAGACACAAAAUCAGACUCAAACGCCCCAGUGUCAAAUUCAUGGUCGAACCCACCCCGUUCGUCGCCUAGAAGCAGGUGAACUCCGCAUCGAAGUCUGGGUGGAAGAAUCGGCGGCGAAAUUCGAGUAUAACCACGACGGCAGCAACAACAGCAACAACAACAACAACCAGGGCAAUACCAACCAACCCCUCUCACGUGCAGAAAUUCGAACAAAAUUAAUGUCUUACGGCGCAGGAACGGAGAGGUUCGAUCCUGGAGUACCACCAAAUGGAAAUGAAGACCUCGACGUCGGCAUCGACCAAGACGGACUAGGGUUAGGUGAUGGCUUCGAUCUCGAACCCCCGGAUAUCAAUCGCAAACCGCAGGGGGGCGCGACCACGGAUUAUCAGCGCGGAUGAUGAUAUAGAAUUGGCGGGUUUUCCGGGGGGCUACCUGCCAUAUUCCAUAAUUGCAGACUAAAAGACACAAACAAGAAAAUAUCAACAACCCGGACGAGACAGCAUUGAAACCUCAUUAUGACCUGAUCUGCAUUUAACUGACUGAAAGAAGCUCUGCAACGACUAAAAGAACCAGCUGACCGAGAAGAAGAAAAAAAGCUGGCUUCUAUCUGUGAGCAUUCGGAAUACCUUCUAGAAGAAUGGGACGGUACUAGUAAUGAGAAGAGACCCAUGAACGAAAAGAUCUGGCCACCACAGUCGCCGCCAUCACCGUGCCAGUUUCUGACGUGCCUCACACGCCUGUCUCUCUUGGCACUCCUGGCUGCGUGGCUUCUCUUCGUAGACGUGCUCCUAACGGGAACAAAACUGAAAGGAAAAGUCUCGUCCUCGGCCGUGAAGCAGCUGCCAUAAAUGUUGAAUCCUGAUGUUGAACUUCGAGGGUGAAGGACACCUUACUUCCGAAAUUCUCGUGAAUCUCAAACGCUCAAAUCCAGAAUGUAAAGAGGUCAGGACGACUUGAAUGGUGAUUGUGCUGUGGUGUGCUGCCAUUGCCCUGGUAGAAAGACAAUACGAAAUCGUAUUGUAUCCACUCCUCCGGUUCAUGAAUCGUAACCGACUACACCUGACCACCAAAGGGUGGAAGGCCAGCUGCAGCACUAGUCCGUCUGUGACCUGCCACAGGAGGCCCAGGAAGCGUUCGAGGAAUCCGAAGAUGAUCCCUCAUAUUAUCACGGCCAGGGAGAGGGAGGCCGUUGAAAUACGGAGGAAUGGGCCCUAUCCGUGGUGGUUGAAUGUGUGGGACCUGAGGAUACAUAUUCAGACCUUGUGCCUGUUGUGCGGCGUUGUGGGCGGCUGGCAUUGGCAAUGGCAUGUUCUGAAAUGCUGCAGCCCCUAGAGGGCCCGGCCCAGUGUAAGUUAUAAUCGGACGUACUGCUCCUCUGUUUGGUUGUUGCCCGUAGUUGUUUCCUGGAGGACCAUUCAAGUCCAUUCCUACGCCCAGGUUGCCGUUGCCCAUUUGACGCCAUCUCUCUCGAGCUGCAUCAAAGGGCCACGGAUCGAGAUUUGCAGCUGGACCUGCAGGGUCUCUUCUGAACAAUCCAGGAUACUCCUUUCGAACAUCAA